CAUAUAAAGCAUAUACUUUAUUAUCAGAUUUGAACUUACGUAAAGAAGAAAUGAAAAAAGCUUUCUUUAAAGGUCUCAAUAAAAAGGUAAAGACCGAACUUGGAUAUAAAGAACCCUUGAAACCUUUGAAUAGGUUAUAUGAAGUUAUAGAUAAAAUAAGAAUGUAUGAAAAUAAUUGUGAUACAGAAAAGAUCAAAAGGCCUAUUUACGAUAGUUUUGACAAUAAAGCCUUUUUACAUGACCUAUAG